UCAUGAAAAGUAUUCGCCGUAUUAUUAGCACAGGGUUAAACAGACCAUAUUAUUGGUUAAGAGUACAGUACCACACUGUGUACUCUACGAGACCUGGGCGGCUUAUUUGCAUUAACAAAUUACCCCACCUUAACUCAAGCCACGAUAUUCCAAGAUUCUACCAAAGCCAUGAAUUUUAUAAAGCAUGACGGCGAACAAGCCGAACGCGACAGCUUGUAGUACUUCUGGGUCGACACAUGCUGCAUUGACAAGUCUAGCAGCGUAGAACUUACAGAAGCUAUCGACUCCAUGUUCCGAUGUCCCGAAAAGUUGCCAGCUCCAAUACCGACAACAGCAAUAAUUGAAACUGCGUCUAAGACCCUUCCUUGUAUUCAUGAACCGAGAUACAGACGCACAGUUGUUAUAGGCGAAAAUUUUGUAGUUAAGUAUGGUAUCGACAUCCCGGAAAACGAAGGCCAUGCACUGCUUUCUCUGGAGAAGUACCCAUCUAUCCCAACGCCACAGCUCUAUGCCAUGUAUCGAGAGAACGAAAAACUCUAUCUCAUAAUGGAGUUAAAGCCAGGAAUACAGCUCGGCGAAGUGUGGCCUAGUCUAAACGAGGACGAAACGCGAAAUAUAGCCAGCCAGCUUAGGGAGAUAUGGGGCCAGAUACGGUCUAUUCCAUCGCCAGGCAUCUUUGGUAACGUCACAGGGGGUCCUUUGAGACAUCGUUUCUUUCAGUGGCUGGAGCCCGAUCCGAGAAUCACGGGGCCAUUCUUUAAAGAAGAGGAUCUCAACAUGGCUCUUGCGCUACGGUCACACAAGAAUUGGGAGGGUACUGGUAGGCGAGCAUGGAUGUCGGAGUUUUUUACUCGGAACCUACCAGGGGCAUUAACAGGUCACCCAAGCGUGUUUACACAUGCAGACCUGCAACGCAAGAACAUUCUUGUCCUAGAAGUCCCAGGAAGCCAACCUGGACCGAGACAGUUCAAAGUCACUGCUGUAGUAGAUUGGGAAGAUGCAGGUUGGUACCCAAGCUAUUGGGAAUACACAACAUGCUUUGUGGAUUUCCAAUGGGCGGCCAACUGGCCGGAGCAUGUCGAGUUAAUCAUUGAUCCUCAUAUUUCGGAAGCGGGAAUUCUGCGAUUAGUGCGGCAAGAUUUAGAAUUCUGAACGAUACAUAUAUGCCAACGAGCUAUCUAGCGAGUCACUAAUAAUCAGAUGGCCGGGCGUAGUAGGUGCACAAAGGAUUGAGAAGAGAUGUUUAGGGAGGCCAGAGGACUUAUAUCAAUCGCUAAGGAGCUCGACUUCGCACCAUCUUUGAGAUAUUAAGCCUUAUAUAAUGUCUUCAUGCCAGAGUCAGGCCCACACUGUAUCAGACCCCCAACACUAAUGACCUAUUGACUGGUCUUGAUAAUAACACAGUUAUGGACUAGGAUUUCCAGA